UGGGUAAUCAGCAUGCAUGCAUGAGAAAGCCGUCCUUGUAAAUGGACGUUUCCUCUCCUAAUUCAGUUCCUGUCAGCCUUUCUUUUCUAAAAUGGUACUGACGGGUCUAGUUAUUACCUGCUUCGUUUUCUUUGCCUCUGCCCUGGCAAGCGAUCCAGAAUGUACAGGCUCUGUUGCUUCUAACGGACAACACGGUCACUGCGCCACUGUGUCAUCCUGUCCAUACAGCUACUUUGUCUCCGGUCUCUGUCCCUCGUACGGCCACGACAUCAAAUGUUGUUACAACUGCCAUCUGGGAGGAUGCCAGAUGGACUCAAAUAUCGGGACGGGCACUGGGACGGGUACAGACACUGGAACGGGAACAAGCACGGGGACCGGGACGGCAACGCAAACGGGAACGUCGCCGUAUGCUGACGUCCGCGCCACCUGGCUGAGCCGGUACGACCACGCGACGUCCUUGGCGGAGACGGCAGCCACCUUUGCCACACUUAAGGCAAAGGGAAUCAACCGCGUUUAUCUGAACGUGUGGGCCAGCGGCCAGAUCUACUUCCAAUCCCGGACAUUCGAGUCGCUGGGGAUCCGUGGGUUUGUGAGGGACGUGCUGGGAUGGGCUGUAGAGGAGGGACAGAAGAAUGGGAUCGAGGUAUGGGCAUGGUUUGAGUACGGUCUGAAGGCAUGUUGGGGUUCCAGUCCAACUGUCACAGUCUUCUCAAACAAGGUGUACGGUCUGGGCUGGAUAAAGGGACAGGCUGGGGAAUAUUGGUGGAUGGAUGCAGGGAACACACAGGUCCUGGACUUCCUCGCUGGAAUGAUGCAGGACGCAGUCGACAACUACCCUGGGCUGGCUGGUGUUCAGCUGGAUGACCAUUUUGUUCAACCCUGGCAGCUAGGAACUGGCCUGGUAGCAACGAUGACCAACGCUGCAAGGCACAUCCUCGGUCAGGUGUCAGGGAGGGUGUCGCUGUCACCGAUCGCCCCUCCUAGCCUGUCGCUCACAAACUACAACGUGGACUGGGCCUCGUGGGCAAGGGAUGACAUCGGCUUCCAUGAAUACGUUCCUCAGAUUUACCGUGAAGACGCCUCAGUCUUUAACACCGACCUGGAUCGCGUCAUGUCGGAGGUUGGAAAGACGAAGCUUGUCCCUGGGCUCCGGUGCAUCGGCUCGGGUUCUCCCACGACGUACUCCGCGCUCAGUCAGAUGAUAAGUCGGUGUGAGGCGGAGGGUGUCGGAUAUAGCGUCUGGUACUCCAGAUGUUUCACUCUACUGUACACGGACCUCAUGCUGGGUGGCACUGGUGCUGUCCUUGGCGCUGAACGAGGGUCCCAAGAUGCAGUCACCAAGACUGUCCUAAGCCGUACUGACACCCGGACACCUCACUGGAUCAGCUCUUCAGAGUUUGUUGGACGGGCAUCUUUGUGCAAAAUGACACCUUUUGUUAUUGCCAUUGUGUUCUUGGGCCUUGCCUCAGCAAACGACCCUGAAUGUGCCACUUCCUCGGCUCACGGGCAGCAGGGCCACUGCGUCACCGUGGAGUCCUGUCCGUACGGCUACUACGUCAGCGGCAAGUGUCCCUCCUACGGCGACGAAGUCAAGUGCUGUUACAGCUGCCAUUACGGAGGAUGCCAGACCAACUCAAGUAUCGGAGCCGGGAUAGGGACGUUGUCGGGAGCGGGAGAAAACGUCACAUCCCCGUAUGCUGACGUUCGUGCUACCUGGAUGAGCCAGUACGACCACGCCAACACCCAGUUUGAAAUGGCGGUCACAUUCGCCCAACUUCAGGCAAAGGGCAUCAACCGCGUCUAUCUCAACGUAUGGGCCGACGGGCAGAUCUACUUCCGAUCUCCGACCUUCGAGUCGCUGGGGAUCCGUGGGUUUGUGAGGGACGUGCUGGGAUGGGCUGUGGAGGAGGGGCUGAAGAGAGGGAUCGAGGUAUGGGCGUGGUUUGAGUAUGGUCUCAUAGCCACCUGGGGUUCCAACCCUACUGCUUCCGUCUUCUCCACCACCGUGUACAACAAGGGCUGGAUGAAGGGAGAGGCAAAGGGAUACUGGUGGUUGGAUGCAGGGAACUUCGAGGUCCUGGACUUUGUUGCUGGAAUGAUGCAGGAUGCUUUCGACAACUACCCUGGGUUGGGUGGUGUGCAGCUGGACGAGCAUUUUGGCCAACCUUACCAGCUGGGAAGUGACUUGGUGGCAACAGUGAAUGAUGCUGUUGUCUACAUCCUUGAGAUGGUGUCUGGGAAGGUGUCAAUGGCACCAGUUUCACCUCCUCAAUCAUCAUUGCUGAACUUCAACAUGGACUGGGCUCGAUGGGCAAGCGAUGACAUCGGGUUUCAUGAAUAUGUGCCAAAGAUCUACCGCGACCUAGCCUCCACCUUCGACUAUGACCUGACCCAAAUCAUUGCAGAGGUUGGAAAGGACAAGCUGAUACCUGGGAUCCGGUGCAUUGGCUCAGGUGCCAACACCCCGUACAACGUGCUGAGUGACAUGAUGGAUCGCUGUGAGGCUCAGGGGCUGGGACACAGCGUCUGGUACUCCAAAUGUUUCACUCUGCUCUACCCAGACCAUGUGCACAGUGGUGCGCAGUAGCAAAACAUUGCGAACUGCUUGCUGCUUACUUGCUUAAGUCGAGUCCAUCCGGUCUCGAGUUGCAAAGUGCUUAAGACAAAUACAUGGAAAGAAAAGCAU